GUACUGACUACUGACUGUGAAUAAGCAUGUUUGUUUUGUUUUUGUCUUGAUAAAUCCAUCAUUCUUGAAGAGUUACCAACAGGGUUUUUAAUGUCUAGGGUAAUGGUAGAAACUUCCUUGAAGUCUGAUACCUUUUUAUUGCUUGUGCUAUUUUAGUGUUUCCUCUCAGCAGCAAUGACCAGCCUUACAACAAAGAAACACAAAAUGUGCCUGUAUGAGGAAGAUAAGAUUCAUAAAUCUGUUGGCUUGCUUGCUAUCCCAUUGGGGAGGGACAGUGUGUUUGUGUGUGUGUGUCCCAGAUGUGAAACCAGCUGCUUGGGCCAAUCACAGAGCCUGAUAGAAAACCCUUGUCAGCUCAGAGAGCUAGAGUUGAUGUGAUAUGACUCACAUUGAAAGCUCCACUAGUAGUACUCCUUUCCGUUGCUUGUCGGAUCUACUCUGACUGCAGGCAGUACCAUGUAUGUACUGGGUACCACCAUCGUUCAAUCCCUCCUUCCCUAAGCCGCUAGCCAACACUGGAGGGCCAUCCCCAUGCGCCGCCGCUCUGCUGUCUUCCGUUCUUUUUUCUUCGUUGCGCGUCCUUUUCCUGUAGAGAGGAUAUCAUUCAUUGUCUGUUUUGCUAGUACCGAGUAAAACUGUAUUUUAUACACAACUUCAGGGAAGGAUCUUUACGCCUGCGCAUUAGCUGCGUUAAAGUGGCUUUUCUUUCUUUGCUCUGCCCAUUCUGGAUUUAUAUUAAGGAAAUAAUCACUCUUUCUUGGAUUGUACUUUUGAAUCAAUUACGGUAAACAUGGUUCAAAGAAAUACACAGAAUGUGAGGUAGAUGCUGCAGCCACCAUGAUGAUGUUUAGAACGCCCCCUGACAGGAGACUGGCUGAACAUGACAGACUAAAGAGGGAGUCCUAUCCAGGUGCAAGACCCAUUGCCAAUCAGAACUUGAUCAUCAUGGGAGGACUUGCACCGAUCCAGAUCAGACCUGAACAGCCUCACUGUAGACCUACACUCAGUGACCUGGCAGAGACUGCUCUCAAUGAGCUUGGAGACAACCGUAUCAGUAGGGUGGCAGUGACCCCUGAGAAUCGAGAGAUGCUUAAAGCCAAGUGUACCCCAUCACCAAGCGGUAUGGACCAUACCUACAGUCUUAGUUCAUCUAUCAAGGUACAGGCUGAUCAUGGAUACUCUUCCGAUCCUGGGGAUGUUGAGAUGAGUGACUUCAGUGAUGAGAGCUUUGAAGAUGAAUCAGAUAUGGAUCAGGAGUCCAGGAGGCUUGGCGAUAGUGGAGUUCACUUUCAUCUUGAAGGUGGUAAACGAGUCGAUGAGAAAGAAGCACUGCUUCCCCUAAAGAAGCGUCCUCCCCGUAUGACAGAGGAGGACAAGAAACUUGCUGAUGCCCUUCUCAUCCUGUCCGGUAUCGGUGCAGAGGCAAUGCCAGCCAAGGAAGCAGGUAGUCCAGGUCCAGAGGAGAGUACAGAUGUCAUGAUGACAGAAGAAGUCCUGGAAGCUUCAAGGUAGUAAAGCCUGGAUAUAUGAUGAAGCAGUAUCAGCAGAGACUUGAUGGACUAAGACAAAGAGGAACAAUAACAGAUCAUCUGCUUUGAGCAGAGAAUAUGGGAAAACACUUUGAAGUUGGGUCUGUGGUUACUGAUUUCUCCCAAGCCAACAAGUCAAGAUAGAUCUUCGUUGUUUUGCAUUUACACAGAGAGCUUACCUACUCAGUGGAUGAUAUAGUAAAAGAUCCAAGAUGUUUGAAAUGUUCUUAGGAGGUUGUAUUAUGUCAGAAUGUUUGUAGGUUUUCAGUAUUUAUACAGUCAAGAGACAUUUAGAUGAAGAUGUGUACAGCUCCCUCUUCAGUAUAGAAAGAGACUGUGUGAGUGGUCUUUGGCUGUUUGACAAGAGAUGAAAACAUCAUUGGAAGGAGAUCAUGAUUGGAAGGAGAUCAUGAUGCUCCUUGGACUUUUUUGAUGAUAGGAAGCUUUUUAUAAAGAAAUGAUUGUUUCCAGUACAACUCAAGAUUGAGGAAAACAUCUCAAAUAAAAACAAACAAACCUGAGAUUGUAGAGCACAAUGAAAAGAGCUUUUAAUGUGCAAUCACAUUGUUUAUUCUACUUUCAUUUUCUUUUACCUAAUGAAACAUUUGAAGUAUAUGAUGCAUGUGGAGGUAGGAAGACGGAAAGGUUUUAUGAGGUGAGAUAGGGCUGAUAUAAUCCUUUUUAAGUAAGGGCUCUCUUCCUCUGAUAUUCCUAAUGAUAGGAAGAAAGUGUGAAGAGAACUAAGGAAGUCACAAACUCCUUCGAUGAGGUCAUUCAGAAUGUUUUGCCGUUUUUUGAUGCACAUCAUCUUUUACUUGCUUUAUGUUGCUUUGGCAUUUCUCAACGUAUCCAACUUUUUCAGGACAGGGCAAGCAAUUACAAUCAUUGCUCAUUAAAAUUACUAGUUCAUAUAGCGAUUUUAAAAAUCGCUUAUUCUGAAUUUCUGGUACAUUAUCUUGGCAGACAGUGACAUACAUGUAUGUGAUUUAGACAAAGGAAAGCAAUUUCUCUUUGUCAAGUUUGUCUGAAUAGGGCUAGACAACUGUUCUUGUUUUGAUAAUUCAUAAUGAACUCUGUGUCGCCUCAACAGGAGAGAAAUGUAUGUAUGUAUACAUUGAGAAGACAAUGAUCAGCUCUAUUUUUUCAGUUCAUACCAACAUUAUAAAAAUCGAGCAACUCAUGUGUUUCUGAAAGCUAUUGUUAGUAGCAGGUUUGGUUUAUAUUCAAGGUUGAAUAUCUUGUCAAUUGUUGCUGCGAGGGUUCUCUUUGUUGAGCAAGAUGUAUAUACGUAAAACAUUCGGCGUAAAAAACACUUCUUGUAUAGGCUAUAGGUGUAGAUGUAGGUAGUUUUAGUCACAUCUUGAAGAUAGUACAUAUAGCUUUUUAUUUUCUACUUUUCCCCUUUGUUUAGAAAAGUUGUAAGCAUUGAACAAGUGCUUCCAUCUUGUAAAUACUUGCUUGUGCUUUGAAAGCAUACAUUGGGGAUAUUUGUGUAAAUAUGUUGUAAAAAGUCUUAUACGAUUAUGCCAUGUCAUGAAGAUUUUUAGUACUGUGUCGUAGGGAAGGAAAAGAGGUGUAGGCGGGAGAGAGGUCAAAGGUCAUAUCAUGGGUCUCAUGUAGUAGAUGCUUUCAAUGCUGCACACCAUUGAGGAGAAGAGCUAGGUACGAUGGGAGAUACGCAUUUGCCAAGUUCUUGUUUGUUUCUUACAAUAAUUUUCAUAUAAAUUGAUGUACGUGAUUAUGAGAUAUGUUUAUUUGAAUACAAUCUUUGAUGGUGUAUGGAGUAGGGGAAGGUGUGUAUCUCAAAAGAACUUUUAAUUAAAAUACAACUCAGCUGAAUUGUUUAAGAAUUAUUUUUGCAAAGUUUCAUUGGAAUCAUUGGUGUAAUCUAUUGAAACUUUACUUACUAUGAAUGAUACAAUGAAGACAUUUUAGUAGAUCUCCUUUGAAAGAAAAAACAACUUUCUAGUGCUCUAAAUCAUUACUAAUUUCAUCAGUAUUUGAAUUGGAACAAAAAAGCAAUCCUAUUGACAUGACUUCAGGAAAAACCAAACCAAUAAUUGUGUAUUGAGUCCUAGUUACACAUGAGGGUUCAGGAACCAAAGAGAGAAGUGUCAUGUUUGGAAACUUCUCAAUAUGGAUUUGCUUGUGAAACCUCAACAAACAUGACAUGGGUAUUGUGCGAGAACUGUGAUAAUGCCAAAAUACGACCAAUUCAUUUCCACAAUGAUCAAGCUCUUCAAUGCAAGAGAAAAUGCAGCUCGAGAACAAUAUGAAGUGCAAAUAGUGUGAACAAGUAAAAUUAAGUUUUCCAUUUAUCUGUCUAUACUGAACAAUUUACAUGCUGAAAUUUGGAGCUUUAGAACAACAUACAUACGCGGUGCUAGUCAUGUUGAACUUCCCAGUGUAGGAUUAAUGUAGUGAUAUUAUCUCAUUUUUUUAAUAGUAGAUAAGUGAGAAAGGGAAUGGUGCAUUUAUGGUUUUCCUAGAUAAAUGGUGCUGGGCUUGAAUAUAACGCAUUUUAAUAACAUCAGGUGAUCUUUAUAGUGCUGAUUUGACAGUUUACAGUAAAACAUAUUUCUUUGCCAUUUAGUUGAUAGUUUUUGUAAGUUUUCAUUCGAAGCAUGAAUGUCAUUAUCCAUCAAGUAUAUCAUAAGACCUGUGUGGCAGUACUAAAAAUAGAAGGAGGAUCAUCUCAUACUCUAUGAUGUCUCAUUAUAUCACAUUUAUCAACUCGAUUUUGUUCAGAUAUUUUUCCUCAAUAAUUAUUUUGGAAAUCAUGGUCACAGAUUCACAGUUUAUUGGAAAAAUUUAAUUUAAAAAAAUGAAGUUGAAUGUAUGAAAGAUUACCACAAUUGCAAACUAUUUGACUACAACCAAUUGGUAAAUAUCCAGAAUGAAACCAUAGUUUCAUACGUAAACAUUACAAGCAACAGUAUUGUGUGCAUAAAACUUUUUAAAGCAUGCAUGUAUAUCAUGCCUUGGUAAGUUUAAUGAACACAUCACUGUAUUAGUGAAUUAGACAAUUAUGAUCUUUGUGCUAUAAACGUACAUUUGUUGUUUGUUUAUAUGUACGUACAGUCUUCCCAACCACCAGUAUUCAAAACUGAAAUUACUUUCUUUUGUACCAAAAAAAUACUUGUACUUGAAGCAAAGUAAAACAAAAUUGUGAACAAAUAUUCAACAUUAACAAAUAUCUUAGCCCUCAUUUGAGACUUGUAUCUCUUCAAAAAAAAUUCUACUCAUUUCAAUUAUUUGGGAAGACCCAAGUUUGAUUUGUUAAACAUUUUCAUUUUGCGCUGUGCUUCCAUAUUAGUUGACACUUGUAAAUGUAAACACUUAAAACAUUGGUAUUAAUGAAUGUAUCAUUCACCAAUUUGAUGCAUAAAUUUCAUGUAUUAGCAGCCAUUGAGAAAUAUAGUAGCAGAAGUCAAAAAAAAAGAUUUCCCCUUUCAUUAUGCCGAAUAUGAAACCAGUGGAAAAGGAGAUAAUUAAUUUUGAUGAAAUUGUUUUAAAGUCAUUAUUUUAGAUUGGUAAGUACUACCAAGAAGUUGUAUAUUACUAUAGUUACUUUCAGUAGUUUGCAUUUUGUUGAAAAAACAUUCUAAGGAAAGUUGUAGCCAAGUAAGAAUGCCACAUGACAUAACUCAAAUGAAAAGUGAGAGUGAGAUCAUUUGCCAAAAUUGUAGUAAAUUAGACUUAUAUUUUUUUGCUUAAAAGUAUUUUGAUGUACAGUAGCAAUUUCAUUUUUCUUUUAGUGCAUUCAUUAUUCACCAUUACGUGUUUACUGCUUUCAAUUAUCUCUCUCUCUCUCACGUUGUGCAAUAGUAGUAUUAUAUUUACUAAUCAAUACGUUCUUGCAUACGUGUAUAUCUUAUGAUCAGCAGUAAUUUUGAUAAGUUUUUCUUCUCUCACUGCACAAAUCAAAGGGAUUUUUUUUGCAAUUUUGUGUUUUUCUCUCUUUGUAAGAUUAUGUCUUAUCAUUUUAUACAAGUUUAAGAGUAUGGUUAGCAGUAAUUAUUUGUAUUUACUUAACAAUAUUCUAUACUCUUCUUUUAUCAGGACCUAUCUUGUUGUAAUUAUGACUUUUUAGUACAAUUUAUAUUGUCUCUGGAACUGUACAUUGAUUUUUUUUUUCAUGAGGGAAAGCAAGAGUACAUAAUGACAUAUGGUCAUCAUACCUAUAUGUUUGUAUCAUUUAUGAGUGAGAGAGUUGAUAUGAAGAACAUACCUUCAUAUGUUGAGUAUUUCUUUGAAGUUCAUUUAUAUUCUUGAAAUUAGGGAAACCCUGUAAUGUUAUUUAUUCAGUCUUAAAACGUGAAACAUUAAAAGAAAAUGAAAUGUUGGUCUUGUUGAAGCAAUCAUAGGUUUUCAUUUUUUUUUUUUUUUAAGAUCAUUUCAAGGAAAUGAAAUAUACAAUCUAUUAGUAGGUGUGUGAAAUCAUAAUUUUGUUAAUGAUUUUUUUUUUAUCCUGGUUUAUUUUGUCAUUUUUUAAUCAGGGUUCUGUUGAAUUUAUUGUUUUAUAAGCAACUUGCCACAAUCAUUUUUUUUUUGCUGAAAUUAUGUAGUAUUGCCGAUGGAAAAAUGUUGCAAUCCACGUGUGUUUCUGGGUAAUUUUUCUUUUCACAUUAUGAUUUAGUGUGUGAGUGUGAUUAAAUUAUAUAUAAUUUUUAUAUCAGGAAAAGCAAGUUUCAAUUUUAUUGGUAGAUAAUACCUACCCAAACAAGGACAGAUUUUGGAGAGAUUUUUUGUGAACAAAAUAUUAAAAAUGUGCAUGUACAAGAAAGAGUUAUGUGACAUUUUACUCCCCUUUUUACAUUGUUUUUAGAAUGAUACAAGUACUCUUCUUUGGUCAGUUAUGAACAGAUUAAUUAUCUGAAUAUCUUGAAAACAAGAUCACGAAGUAUGAUCUUCAUGUGUAUGUAUACACUGGGGGUGUGACUAUAUUGGAUAUUUAAGAUGUUAAGUAUUUCAUAAUUCAUGGGGGGGAGCAUGAAACUUUACUGUUCAAUUAUCCAGUUUCAUUUUUUUUUUCCAACAGGAAAUCUUUUUCCUUUCAGUUAAAGUUUGGUAGCAAGAAUUCCUUUUAUGUUUAGGAUAUAUUAUUCAUUAUAUCAAGGUUUCAUUAUCUUGGGCAGAUGAAUCAAGAACAUUGGAAACAAGUAUUAUUGUGCAAAUUAUUUUUUAUUGGAUGGUUGGGUAAUUUAUCAUACUUGUUUUGUCUAACACAUUUUGAUCAAACUUGUUAGUAGAAAACUCUAUGUACUUCUUGUGAUCCCUAAAUGAAUGAAACGAUUUGUAAUUCAUUUCAGCAAGAAAUGGUGGCUGAAUAGGAGAUCUGUAAUUUUUAGCAUGGUUAUUUUCUUUCCUCAAAGUGCAUACAUUUUCUACAAUUAUUGAGUACUGAUGAGUGAGAAAGGGAAUUUAAGUUAUUCUUCUAUUACAAUAUUAUCCAGUAAUAUCCUUAUAUAUUUGAUGUAUUAUCGCUGUACAUCUCAGUAUAUAUUUAUUCUUACAACUACUAAUCAUGAUGGAAAUAAUGAUGAUUUUUAUUUUACCCAGAACAAAUAUGAUCAUCAGGUAUGAGCUAUAUUUAUUUAUCACAAUCAAAUAUUUAGGGAACUUUGAACAUUCAUGCAUUUAUUUAUGCUAAAAUUCCUUGCAAAAUCUAUGGAGAGGAUGUUUUUACUGGAAAAUAACAAAAUCUGACUAUGCCUUUAACCAUCCUGACUCUUAUUCUUCAGUCAAAGGUUGGGUACGGGAACAAAAGGCGAUAUCCAACUAACACUUGAAGAGCCAUGAUGUGACCUCAAAGUGUUUUAUUUUAGCACCAAUUUUUUUCCUUUUUGUAUUUGGUGCCAAAGAAGUAUAUGGUAACCAUGUAUCAUUAUUAUCAUUAAUCUUAUCAUUGUCUCGCAUGCUUUGUUCACUGACACAAAAUCGUAUAGUGCAAGUAAGAACAACAAAAAAAAGAACAAAAACAUUGUACAGUAUAUCGUAGUUAAGAAUAAAACUUCGUUCAACCUUUGUAAGAAACUUGUUGGGAAAUAAAUGAUAAAGCAAAAUGUA